AAUUAUGAGCCAAAUAAUUUUUUGAAAUGUUUGAGAACUAUAACUCCGCUGGUCAGGAGACUCCAACCAAUAACCGUCUCUCGGGUUAUUCGGUGAAUUCUCCUCCCUUGCAGAGGAAAUCGCUUCCACCCAGAAAUCCAGAUGAUGAGUCGACAACAAGUUUGCGACCUAGUGAAAUGAGUGGAAGUUUGCCUUCGUCUCCAGCUGAAGUUACCUUUAGAAGAAUAGGAGGGAACCGAAAAGCUCGAGAAAGUUUUAACCGAUUAUCCGUCGAAUUUGAAGCAGACGCACCCGAAGAUGCGAAAACGUAUACAGAAAGGUUUGCAUCCGCAAAAGCGUUGUUUGAGAAUAUGACGCGAUCGCAUAUGCCUUCAAUUGAGUCCCCAAAUCGAACCAAUGUAUCGAAAGUUCCAAGAACUUCUUUUAAAAAUCGUUCUCCUAAUGGAACUAAGGUUUCACCUCCUGUUCCAAUCAAACCUGUCCAUGGAAUUUCAAAUAGCAACGCAUCUAACUCGUAUGCCGAAAAGUCAUCGCCUAUAACUUCAACUUUGAAUCGAUUGCUUCCAGAUUCGCCUAAAAGAUCAUCUUUUGUCGAUAAUAGUGACAACAUCAUAGACAGCUUAGGUCCUAGGUUAAGUCCUGAAGGUCAGGCUGAUCCGUCUCCGCCGACAUCAACUGGCGACUUGGUAGUGACCUCAGGAGAAUCUGUCAAUGAACAGCCGUUACCGGCUGAUCAUGAAGCAGAGCAACUCGAAACCGUUUCAGCUUUAAAAACAGAACUCGAAGUGGUAGAAUCUAGCGUGGAUACUAAAAAACCAUUCGAUGAUUCCAUUGAAGAAGAACCCACAGUUUAUAGCGGGUCAGUUGAAGAAAACUUCAUCCCCUCGUCUAAUUCGAUUAAACAAGAAACUGCGUUGGAAACAGAGGCUCGAACUGAAAAACCUGAACCCGAAGAAAAAAUAGCCAGUGAAAAUGACGAUAAAAAUAAAUUGUCGGAAAACAAAACUGCUGAUAUGCUAAAUUUAGAAAAAGAAGGCAAUGAUGAUACUGAGACGGAAAUGGGAGAUGAGACUGAAAGCGCGAAUGAAGACGAAUAUGAUUUAGGAAACGAGUUACCAGCUGAAUUCAACUUGGCAGAGGAUGCCAAAGAUGUAAAAAGUGACGUGGUUGAGUCAGAAAGCGAGGCAUAUGAGAAAAACAUUCUCGCCAACGUCGAAGCAGCAGAAGUUAUUGAAGAUCGCGACCAGUCAGAUAAUUAUGAGGAAAUUGAGGAGUAUGAUCCACCUGAUGAUGAAAGUCUUAUGUGGAAAGAGGUGUACGAGGGUUUACAAGAGGAAGAUGAAAUCGCCGGACUUCCCGCUCCCCUGGAAGAAGAUCUCUACGUAGUGGAUGAUGAAAUGACACGAAAAAAGAAAGUCGUAUUUUCCACAAGUAAUAUAAAGAUGUCAUAUACGUACUCGAUGAAUGAUCUUGACCGGAGGAAUGACCAGAUCGAUCCAGUGGGAGCAUCGGCCGAGUAUGAGUUGGAGAAGAGAAUCGACAAGAUGACACUGUUUGACGUGGAGCUGGACAAGAGCAACACUGGCCUGGGUCUCAGCAUCAUUGGCAUGGGGGUGGGUGCGGAUGCGGGUGUGGAGAAACUGGGCAUAUUCAUCAAGACUAUGAACCCCAAUGGAGCUGCUGCUCAGAGCGGAAAAAUCUGUGUGGGGGACAUGAUCAUAGAAGUGAAUGGACAGAGCCUGGUGGGGGUGACACAGGUGUUCGCAGCCACAGUCCUCAAGAGCACCGAGAGUGUAGUCAAGUUCAAGUUGGGUCGAGAACAGGAAAACGGAGAGAUUAGUCGUCUGUUGCAUGACGCACACGCAGAGGAACAGGCGGUGUCUGCGGCACAUCAAGGUAUGAACAACCACCAGCACGGACACACACCCUCAAACACUGCCAGCACUGGCUCGGCCGGCGACUCAGAAUCUUUCGCGCACGAUGGUUACAGUGAGUCUGUGGAGGACCUCUUGCCGACGGCCGAGAACUUCGAGAAGCUCAAGAUGAUGUACCAAUACAGUGAAAGCACUCGGGCGAUGUUCCAAGAAGAACGGGAACAAGCUCUGAUGCAGUUAGACAGAAUCCAGUCUGAACGAGAUGAGCUGGGAGGCCGAGUGAUCCCACGUCUUGAGGCUCAGAUAGCCAGUGUGCAGGAGCAGCUGCAAACUACACAAGCUAGAAGAGACGAACUGGAAAAGAAGUACACGAAAGCGAAACGACUCAUCAAAGAUCUUACCACCGAAUCGAACGAAAUGAAGGAACACGUGAGAUCUGUCAAGGAGCAAAUGAACUCGAUGAAAGAGGAAUUUCAAGAGGAGAACUUCACGCUGCAUGAAAAGAUUGCGCUUCUAGAAGCCCAACUGCUGCAACAGGCGUCGACCGUAACCCAAAUGCAAGCUGCAGGAAAUUCUUCUGUUAAUGUAGCUGGAGAACAAGUGACUGCAGGAGGGUCGAGUGACGUCAGUGUCAGUCAUGAUUCAGUAAGCGGGUUGCAUUCUGGGAGAGACGAUGUUGUGAACCAGACUCCGGUGAUAGGAAUUGAGCUGGAAAGCAGCCAAGCAAAAGAUCGACACACUGAAUUGAUGACUGAGGCGAGGACGAGGAGCAGCUACGUGGAGUCCCAGUUCAACCAGGUCAUCCAACUCCUCGAGACCCCUCCUAGGAGAUUCCAUAACAGGUACGAUGAUGGAAUGAUCUCUGACGAUGACAUGUUGGACAGCAACAGCCAAGCAGAAAACAGACUCAGUCGCAACAGCAACUCAUUCAAUCCCCUUCCCAACAACAACAGACCCGUGUCCACGGCAUCUACAGCCUCAUAUACCAACAGUCAGAUCGACCAACAACACACCCCCAAUCAGAACAGGAACUACACAUCCCCAAACGAGGACAGUAACUCACACACGUCUCAAUACUCUACGCCACAAGCGAAAUCAACAGCUAGUAGUCAUCGCAAACAGACGAAUGGAGGAACCGCGAAUGUGCAGCAAACUGCACCUAAAGCGUCAAGUCCAAACGAGAAAGUUAUCUCGCGCAAGCUUCGUUUCUUCAAGAGCAGUUCAAUACCUGAAAACGAGGAAGGCGAAACCCCCACCCAAAAUGGGCCGGCAAUAACUCUGCCCCCUCUCAAAUUAAACCAACAAGACAUAGCAUCGCCGACGUCUCAAUCGUCAUCGAACGCAAAUGAGAAAAGUAUUGACGUUUCGCUGUUGAAGUACAAAGCGAGACUCGUGAAAAGUAGCCGCUCGAUGGCUCGUAGACUUCUGCCGUCUCGUCAUCGAAAUAACCGGUCGGCAGCUCGCUGCGGAACAAAUAAUAAUAAACAGGACAACAGUGACACGUCAUCUACUGGAUCCGGCUCAGGAGGUCAUCACAGUUCAAGCAAUUACCACUCCUCGCAGCAGCACCAGUACAAGAGCAAGAAUGGAGGAGUAGGAGGGGAUGCCCAUGUGGUCGGUGUCGGGUUCCAUCACGAGUUCCAGACAUCGAAUAGCUCCUCACGCAGCUUCGCAGAGAAGCUCAGGUCAUCAUUCACCAAGCAGGGAAAGUACACCGUUAAUGUCGGACCCACGUCUCCUACGUCACAUCAAACGGGCUCUGCGAACUUCAUCCCAAACAGUCCCAAUGCCGCAACGGGGUCCCAUGACAGUAAUUUCAGAUCUAGCUUCGAUCAUGAAACGAUAGAUGGGCAGCCGGGAUUUCCGAGGGAGGCAUCGGCCGAGUCCUUCACAGACUCCAAUGACAUGAACAAUGACUCAUCGAUCUGUUCCUCUGUCUCCCAAAACCAGAUGGGCGGUGGAGGCACUACUGCUGUCAUCCGCACAGAUCCCAAACAGAUGUUACUGAAAUUGAACCUGCUGAAGCUCUAUCCGCUCUUCCAAAGACAUCACAUAGACGGGACUAAUUUACACGAGCUAGUGUCUUCCGAAAAACUCAAGGAAAUUGGAGUUGUGGAUAAGAAAGACCGUGAGUUGAUCAAGCAACACAUUAAGGAGAUGAAUAAAAUCAUCAACAGGGACUCCAAACUCAAGUCCAAAUCGAAAACAAACAAUCAGUUUCUCCCCUCAGCCACGGCAAAGUAAAUAAACAAAUCAUAUGCUACCUUCAAAUCAAACUUCACAAUACCUGUUUCAUCCUUCUGGAAUUAAUGAAUAAAAAGCUGAAAUUUCUUUUAAAACUAGACAACGUUUUUUAAUGAAAAGUGAAUUGAAGCUUGGGAUUAAAAGGAUAGAAAUCUCUAUUUUUGUAGCUUGAGCUAACCAUUCAUAAUUCGAUUUAGUUUGAUUUUUAAAAAGUAGUUCCUAACUAGCUCCGUGGAGAGUGCGAUCCCAUUUCUUCCCAGUCGUAGACUAAUGAUGUCUCAUUUUGACUCUUUCUUCUCUCCCAAAAACCUUCUCAGUGCUCUCUUGAACUCAAGCGUGAAAUCAUUAUCCCUCUCAUAUUAGUAGUCUAUUGUAUCUCUACUCAUCAGAACUCACAAAAUUCUAGAUUAGACUAGCGAAAUAGUUUUUUUGAACCUCUUUAAAAAUAAUAUUUUAGGCAAUGUUAUUAAAUGUGCAGCCAAAAUUUGGUUCCAAGUAUGUGUUAAAUUGGUUCAAUUGUUUUGCUAACGAAGAAACUAACAUCGAAACAAGGAUAGAAAUAUCUAAAUGAAAACUCAGUGCUGUAUUUUCUAACAAUAUUUGAUUCUGAUUCUAUUUUCAAUGAUCUAUUGUGGCAGAUUUAACUGUUUUCGAAGCUUUUCUUCUUUUGAUUUCAGGUGUAAAUAACAUAAUUAGAUCAAACAGUUUGCCUGUUCUUCGGUGCGCCCAAAAUCAUAUUUUGUAAACUAAAUUAAUGACUCGUGCAAUCAAUUUAAUCGAAGUAAAAAUAAAUUAUUUGCUUCUCUCACCUUUACUUUAUUAGAAAAAUAAAGAAAAGGAAGCUGGCUCAGCUUUGAUCCAAAAUCGUGAAUGAUUUAUAUGUGGACACUUCCUUUCUGUCAGUAGUGAUAUUUCUAAUUAAAUGCUAAAUUGCUCCUAUUCUGGUGGUUCGUAACUGAAAUCAAUUUCAACUAUUUCGAUAA